GGAAAAGAACCGCAGGGGGCAGUAUUUCUAAUGGUUAACGUUUCUCCGACGAAUCUCUUCCUCAGUCAAGGAAACAGAGGCGGAAGUUAGCUGAGACCAUAGAUUGGUGUGUUGUUAUCCCGGUUGAACUUAAGCAGAAUGGCGGAUGAAGAGGACGAGACUGGCUUCGAUGAGGAGUUGGAUGACGGCGCCGGCGGGGUCGAUGUCGGCCACGGGAAGAGGAAAAGGCUCUUCUCCAAGGAGCUCCGGUGCAUGAUGUACGGUUUUGGAGACGACCAGAACCCUUACACGGAGUCUGUGGAUAUUCUGGAGGACUUGGUGAUCGAGUUUAUCACGGAAAUGACCCACAAAGCUAUGUCUAUCGGGCGCCAGGGGCGCGUCCAGGUAGAAGACAUCGUUUUUCUAAUUCGCAAGGACCCCAGGAAGUUUGCCAGAGUCAAAGACCUGCUGACCAUGAACGAAGAGCUGAAGAGAGCACGGAAAGCUUUCGACGAAGCAAAUUAUGGCUCCUAAACUAACCCUGGGUCACUGUUAGUUUGACAUGUAUCUUUUUGUAUUUCAUUUUACUCACAUGUGUUCUUUAGGAGUCUGUUCAGACUUCAGUUGCUGAACAGCACUUGUUUUUAACAAGUGAUUUGUUUUAUUGUACAGAUGAUAUGACAAUAAUGAGCAGUGUCAGAGUGUUGUCAUGCUGUAUUGGACUGUUUAAAUAAAGUAACUUACAGAUUGAUUCAAAAGGUUCAAAAACA